CAACCGUUCACAUUGUUGUUUCCCUCGCUCACAAAAUGGCGAUUUUUGCUCUUUGGCUUCGGCUUUGGCUUUGUUCAUCAUCAUCUUCAUCAUCGGACAAGAUCACGUAGCAACAAAGGUGCUACCUUCCAAAUAUACAGCAAAAGCCAGACCAUGUCGAGACCUCUUCGGCAGAUAUUUGGCUUGGUAGUAGCACUGGGGACCGUCAAUGUUGGUAACGUGGCUUAUGCUCAGAGUAGUGCUGCUGGGGUAUCAGAGGUACAAACCACCAUACAAUCCGUAGCAGGCGCUCUUGCUGAGUUGCCUGUUGCAUCAAGCGAAAUACCAAAAGAUGCAACGAAAACAGGGGAACCUCCAAGCUCUAGUCCAACCGUAGAAGAUGUUGAAACAGGAAGACCGAGUGCAUCACCAACCGACAUGUCCUCGUCCCCAAGUCCUGCCAUACAAGAGACUAUCGUCAGUGCCGAAAAGGAUGUUUCUUCGCCUUUUACCAGCUUUCAUGCCAAUUUACCAACAUUAAGUCCAACCUCGUCUGUCCCAAUCAAGCUACCCAAAGGGAACAAUGAAACUUCAACAACCAGUUCUCCCCCAUCGAAUCUGCCAUCGCAUCUGCCAUCGUCUCUACCAUCGUCUCUGCCAUCGUCUCUGCCAUCGUCUCUGCCAUCUGAUGCACCUUCGCAGCCACCCUCAUCUGAACCUACUGGAACUCCUGCCACUGAGAACCCAACCAAAGGACCAUCAAAUGAGCCUACAGUCUCUCCAAGUAUUGCUCCCACUUCAUCACCGACAAUGUCUCCUUCGCACCAACCAUCAGUCAUGCCCAAUACUACUUCAUCAGGAACAGAUUCGCCUCCUAGAGAAGACAAUAUGAAUACAGAGACCCAAGUACCAACUCCCACUCCGUCCGCACAGCUAUACCCUUCCACAGAACCAACCUAUGGAGAACCUUCGGCACCUUCUUCAGUUUAUGUUCUAGUAGGUGGAACGAUGGAAUAUGAGACAAAUGUUUCCAUCGUUAUUGGAGGCAUUUCAUCGUCGUUGGAUCCUACCUCGUUGCUUGUGAUUGAAAACGUAUUGGUACAGUUUCUUUCGGACGAAAUCAGCAUCAUCGAAGAUGUACCAAUCUUCUUUCUAAAGACUAUCAUUACAAGCCAAUCGCAACUUGGAAACGACGAAGAGAACCCAAAAACUCUUCUAGACGUGCAGGUUCAUGCAAUUUCUGUUGGUGAUGUCAUUAUUGAGGAGAGUGCUUUGCGUGACUAUAUCAAGCAAAGCCUGGAAGACAAUCGAGGGAACCUCCAGAAUCACCUGGUUGGUGCCCUGAGCUCCUAUUCUACGGGUUCCGAGUCAGGCGAGAAUGGCAAUAACCAUCAGAAUAGUAAUGCCAAUGAUCGCAACAUGGCAAUCCUAAUUGCAAUCCUUUGUGUGAGCGUGGGGACAGUAUUGGCGGCGACUGCUUAUUGUCUAGUCCUGGCUCGACGACAACGACUAAGUCCGGAUGAACUGGAUUUGGAGAAAAACUCAAGUCAAGACAAGGAGCUAAACAUGGUCAUGGAUAUUACCAAGUCUAUCACAGGAUUCUCCCAUAGGCUCGUUGGCCGAACCUCCUCCACUGCGGACGCUUCAGUCUGUAUCGCAAGUGUCGCAAAGAGUACAGACAGUAGCAAAAGUUCGAGCCAACUUCGAUCAGCAGGGUCAGACGUUGAAUCAAAGAACCCAUCAAUGCCAGGUUUUUCCCUCUCUCAGGUUGGUCGGCAAGCCCAACCUCCCGAACCCACAGACAUUGCGGAGAACGUGGAGCUCGUAGAAAUCAUGGAUGGUUCCGUCUCGGCGAAGAUUGCGGCAAUCACGGGCGGGAGUGAAAGUAAUGUUCAAACCGCCGAGAUGCUCGGUCGCCACAAGUAUGACGAUACUGGCAGUAAACGCUCACUGAACAAGUUUGCAAAUAUGGUCAGGGUUUCCUCGUUCUCUUCCGGCCUCAAGAGUAUUCCCUCUCUCAGUUCAAUUGGCACCGGUAACAAUUCAGCAACAGACAAAGCUACCGUCUUGAAAGACCUCGCGCGUUCAGAAGCGCAGCAGACCAAAAGCAAAACUCCGCCUCGGUGGCAUGCAUUAGGCCUACCUCGCAACAACCGUUCCAUUGGACUGGUCAUCUGGAACAAAAAGCAGAUUUCGGAUGAUGCGGACCAAACAAACCUUUCCAGCGACGUCAUGGAAUCAUACAUUAACCAUCAGCCGCCAGUGACAGCUUCGGAUUUUGCGAAGGAAGAGGUAUCCGAUGCCAGUCAGCAUUGCUCCGAUGACAUCUCACAAUUUUCCUCAAUGAGCAGCAGCCCAACCAGUGAUUCGUCCUCGACCACCACCGAUCGAAGUACCGACCAUGAAGGAAGAAGGCACGGUCGACAAAGUCGCCAUGUUCGAAAACAUUCGCACGGCACCGCUGCCUACAUUUCAUCAGAGAGUGACGUCGGCAUCUCAAGCAGCUACUCUUCCUACGAAAGCGGCGAUUCCUUCAUGAGUGACGCAGGCUCUCCAAGGAUGCAAAAUCCAUCCUUCCUCCUUAAACUGCAGGGAACCGGUACUGGUUCGACGGCUGCCAUUUCACGUGUCACAGAGGGGUCCUCCGCUGUCAUUUCGCGCGUAUCAGGAGCCAUUGCUGCAUCGCCAUCGGCCUCUGCAUCCUUUGUCCGGAAAAUGACACUGUCCGCCAGCCACGGGAUCGAACAAAUGAAAUCAUCCGCUAGCAUUUCGAUCGCCAGCGGCAUCGAAGCCCCACCAUUUCAGUCGACAUCGGAAACAAUUGGCGACGGCAUUGCAAGCAUCUUUGGGCAGUUUCCAAACUACUCGGAAGAACAGCGCCUCUUUGAAAAUGGCCCAGUCAAUCAGCGGCCAAGGCCAACCGUGCGCAAAAUCGAACACCAGCAAAUUGUGCCCCGUCAGGUGGAGAGACGAAAGAUGGUUCCACCACCACGAAGAUUGAGCGAAAGAAUGGGUCCAGAAACCCGCAAGAGGGAAUCACGCCGCUUCGAGGCUUAAGAAGCAAGUCGUGACACCUUCAAUUUCAUUCAACCGCCACCACCCUCUACCCAAUUCAAUCACUUCAUAGCACUUUACUCAUUAUUUAUUUCAUCUCUUUCCCUUUGGCGCAAACUCAAGGAGACGGACGACAUUCUGCUUGCCAUGGAUUCUGCUCUUUAGAAAUUUGUUAAAACCAUUCUGUAACCCCAUUUUAUCC